AGGGCUUCACCCUGGAUUAAAAACAGAGUUGAGUGUCUGGGGUCCUUUGGUCCCCAGAGAGCAGCAACUACUUGUACACACACACACACCCCCCACAUGCCAAACAGUGCAGUGCUGGUCAGACACAGAGGAGCCCCUGGGCCCAGCCCUGCCACAGCGGCUUUGGGGAGGUCGAGCUUAGAUAUCCAGCUGUCCUGCCCUGGGAUCUGGCUGUAGUGUUCCUCUGCCCUGUAGCUGGGGCAAGGAUGCCUCUGCUUCAUCAAGCCCCUCUGUUGGAGAUGUGCUCCCAUCUUCCGCUUUUGUGACUCAAGUCACAGGGUCAAGUGCUGAGGGGUGUGGCCACAGAGGGAACUCAGAGCUCUAGAGUGAGCAGGGUGGGAAAGGGAAGAGGCUUAGGUGAGUAAGCAGGGGGAGGUGAAGGUGUAGGCGCUGCCAAGGAACAUGGCAGAGUCCAUCAUCUAUGCAGACUUGUGGUUUGUGAAGACUCCUCUGAGAAAGAACAACUCCAACCCAGGAGAGGAGUCUGACAAGGAUGGGAAGCUUACCUACGAGAACAUGGAGGCACUUUCAGACCCAGAGGCACCCACCAGCCUGGCGCUGGCUAUUGGACCAGAGGACGAAACAGCAUUCCACAUGGAACAGCCAGCCAGGACUUGGAGCAGUGCCACAGCCCCAGAUGCUGAGCAAAUACUCCCCUGUCAUGGCCACCCCUACCGCUCACAGUACCUCCUCCUGGGAUUGCUCCUCACCUGCCUGCUGCUGGCGGUGGCUGCCAUCUGGUUGGGCAUGCAAUAUCUGCAGGUAACUCAGCAGUUUGGGCAGAUGAGCAGGCUACUGGAAACCUCCAACAGCAGCCUUCAGGAACAGCUCCACCUCGGAACUGCCCAAAUGAGACAGAGGGAAAAGGACCUGCAAGACUCCAAGGAACAGCUGGCCCAGAACGAGAGAGCACUAGAGGAGGAACAGGGGGUACACCAGGCUGCUGAGGAGCAGCUACAGCUCUGCCAGGCAAACAGGACGAAGAUGCAAGAGAACUUGCACACACUGCAGCGGAAGCUGAGCCACCUGCAGGACACAGUGAGGCCCUUCUUCACCUGCCCCUCACAAGGCACCUGCUGUAUGGUGGGCUGGAUACUGAUUCAAAGAAGAUGCUUUCACAUCUCACUCACUAAGAGAGAUUGGCAGGAAAGCUGGGAGUAUUGCAAAUCUCUGUCAUCUGACCUGACCACAGUCACAGACAAUCCUUGGAGUUAUUCCUAUUCAGAAAUUUUUCCCUGGAAGAGCUUAUUGUCGCAGUUUUCUGAGGACACUUCAUAUUGGGUUGGCCACGGCUUAAACAAGGACCGGUGGAGACUUCCAGGCCAAUGCUCCAUGAUAGACAGCCAUUCUGUUGUGGUCCAUGCUUCGCUUCUGAGGUCACAGGUGUGCAGUAACCAACUUCCUUGCAUUUGUGAGAUGGCAUCUUUCAGGAUUUCAGGCUAGGACCAUUCUAUGUAGAAUCCAGGUGUUAAUGGCAGAAUCCUGCUGGGCCAUCCCCUCUGAUUGUGUCCAGCAGUGCUCAGCACAUCCUCACAGUACAGUUUCCAGUGGACAUCUGUCUUUCUUAUAGCCAGCACAUUGCCUGAUUCAAAUCUUCCUCCAGAAAUUGGUCUGUUCCAGGGGAAAGGGGAAAGAAUCUCCUAGAACGAACUCUGGGCAUGGUGGUCAAGAACCUUCCCCUGUGACAUGGGAUGGGGGCGGGGAGGAGGGCACAUGGACUGAGUGGAUAAGGGCAGCCCAGAGCCAGCCAGGCAGCUUUGUUGAAAUCGGUUUAAUUAUUACACUUGUCAGUCUUGUGUGUCCGCAGUGCUGUCUGGUUGGGUGAGCCCAGCAGAAGACCGUGCCCAAGUGUUAGUUCAGCCAGGUGCUCU